GGUAGCGUAGUUUAGAUUGAAUGCUUGGGUUUACUUUCUGGGGAGGUAAUAGUUACACUGUGACAAAAUGAAGAGAAUAUUGGUAUGUGUGUGGAUCUCUGGGAAGAGCAUUUCAAGGAGAGAGAACAGAAGAUGGUAAAGAUGGGAAAUGAGAGAUGGGAGAUGAACUGGUCUAGUUUGAAAACAGAAAGGAGCCCAGUGUGACUGGAGACAAGCAGACAAAGGGAAAGAGUUGGAGAAGUUGAACGCAGAGAGGUACAAUGGGUGACAAAUCAUGAAGGCGCUAAGCGGCCAUGGUCAAGAGAGUGGCUAGUUUUCUAAGUACAGUGGGAAGCCUUUGGGUAGUUUUAGCAGGAGAGUAACAAAAUCUGUUUUGUGUUUUAAAAUGAUGGCUCUAGCCACUCUGGGGAGAAUAUUGUUGAGAACGAGAGUGAAAGUAAGGGAACUGGUCAAGUGACUACUGCAGCAGACAGGCAAGAGUUGAUGGUAGCUUAGCGUAGGGAGAUAGCAGUGAAUGGGCAAGGGAGUCAGAUGGCUUUUCUUCAGUCACCUCCAUUGUGACCGAAUUGAAGAACCAGUUUAUCAUUGGAUCUGUUAUGAAUUCUAGGUAUUUUUGUAAGUAUAUAUAUAAAGUAUUAUUUUGAAAACAGACCCUAUCAAUGAAAUUUAUUCUAAAAUUACAUAGUUUUGGGAUUCAAAUUAGAACAUUUGAUAAAAUAUCUCAGUGAUUCUAUAAUCAUAUUUCACAUUUAUGAAUGUUUAUUAGGUGUGUAAAACAUUUUCAAACAAUUUUGAUUCAUUAUACUACAUAUUUUCUUGUAAAAUAAUGAAGUUUUGACUUGCUUUGUUAAUUAGUGGUUGGGUGAAUAAAAAUUUACUCAAAGCAGGACUACUAUGUUGUGAGAGUAAAUUGGCAACAGUGCUGUUUAUUUGAGCUCUGUUUAAAAAGGAAAAAAAGGACUCUCCGUAUAUCUAGCUUUCUCCUGUGUGAGCACUACACUUUAACAAGGAUAUUUCUGGACAUAGUAGGAAGCAUGGACUGUGGUGGGGAGAGAUUGGGGAUUAGUAUACCAGUUAAGAGGCUUUUAAAGUAGUCUAGGCAAGAGAAUAUUAGAAACUCUAAACCAGACAGUGAAAUUUUUAGAGUGGAAUUGUGAUGAAGAUUACUUUGAGACUUUUAUGAAGUAGAAUGAAAAGAUUUGAAGAAGAAUUAGAUGUCUGGAGGUUAGGGAGAAGAAAAAAAUUGGAUGAUUCUGAGAUUAUAAGCAUCAGAGAAUGGGUAGUUGGUGAUGUCAUAAUAUAAAUGAGAGGUAGAAUCUGUAGUCGCAGUAGGCUUGGUUAGAGUCAGUGAGUAGUUUUGAAAAUGGUAAAUUAAAGGCACCAUCUUUGGGACUCCCUGGGGAAAAACGUAAAGAAGGCAGUUGAAGAAAGCAGCAAUGCAGCAAGUCUUGGAAAACCUUACGGAGCUGCCCUCGUCUACUGGAGCAGAAGAAAUAGACCUAAUUUUCCUCAAGGGAAUUAUGGAGAAUCCUAUUGUAAAAUCACUUGCUAAGGCUCAUGAGAGGCUAGAAGAUUCCAAACUAGAAGCUGUCAGUGACAAUAACUUGGAAUUAGUCAAUGAAAUUCUUGAAGACAUCACUCCUCUAAUAAAUGUGGAUGAAAAUGUGGCAGAACUGGUUGGUAUACUCAAAGAACCUCACUUCCAGUCACUGUUGGAGGCCCAUGAUAUUGUGGCAUCAAAGUGUUAUGAUUCACCUCCAUCAAGCCCAGAAAUGAAUAAUUCUUCUAUCAAUAAUCAGUUAUUACCAGUAGAUGCCAUUCGUAUUCUCGGUAUUCACAAAAGAGCUGGGGAACCACUGGGUGUGACAUUUAGGGUUGAAAAUAAUGAUCUGGUAAUUGCCCGAAUCCUCCAUGGGGGAAUGAUAGAUCGACAAGGUCUACUUCAUGUGGGAGAUAUAAUUAAAGAAGUCAAUGGCCAUGAGGUUGGAAAUAAUCCAAAGGAAUUACAAGAAUUACUGAAAAAUAUUAGUGGAAGUGUCACCCUAAAAAUCUUACCAAGUUAUAGAGAUACCAUUACUCCUCAACAGGUAUUUGUGAAGUGUCAUUUUGAUUAUAAUCCAUACAAUGACAACCUAAUACCUUGCAAAGAAGCAGGAUUGAAGUUUUCCAAAGGAGAAAUUCUUCAGAUUGUAAAUAGAGAAGAUCCAAAUUGGUGGCAGGCUAGCCAUGUAAAAGAGGGAGGAAGCGCUGGUCUCAUUCCAAGCCAGUUCCUGGAAGAGAAGAGAAAGGCAUUUGUUAGAAGAGACUGGGACAAUUCAGGACCUUUUUGUGGAACUAUAAGUAGCAAAAAAAAGAAAAAGAUGAUGUAUCUCACAACCAGAAAUGCAGAAUUUGAUCGUCAUGAAAUCCAGAUAUAUGAGGAGGUAGCCAAAAUGCCUCCCUUCCAGAGAAAAACAUUAGUAUUGAUAGGAGCUCAAGGUGUAGGCCGAAGAAGCUUGAAAAACAGGUUCAUAGUAUUGAAUCCCACUAGAUUUGGAACUACGGUGCCAUUUACUUCACGGAAACCAAGGGAAGAUGAAAAAGAUGGCCAGGCAUAUAAGUUUGUGUCACGAUCUGAGAUGGAAGCAGAUAUUAAAGCUGGAAAGUAUUUGGAACAUGGGGAAUAUGAAGGAAAUCUCUAUGGAACCAAAAUUGAUUCUAUUCUUGAGGUUGUCCAAACUGGACGGACUUGCAUUCUGGAUGUCAACCCACAAGCACUGAAAGUAUUGAGGACAUCAGAGUUUAUGCCCUAUGUGGUAUUUAUUGCGGCUCCGGAGCUAGAGACGUUACGUGCCAUGCACAAGGCUGUGGUGGAUGCAGGAAUCACUACCAAGCUUCUGACCGACUCUGACUUGAAGAAAACAGUGGAUGAAAGUGCACGGAUUCAGAGAGCAUACAACCACUAUUUUGAUUUGAUCAUCAUAAAUGACAAUCUAGACAAAGCCUUUGAAAAACUACAAACUGCCAUAGAGAAACUGAGAAUGGAACCACAGUGGGUCCCAAUCAGCUGGGUUUACUGAUGAUUCAGUAAGGUUAACAAUGAAAAUUAAACUUUUAAAAAGUGACUGCAACAAAUAAACCUUCUACUGAGAAAAUACAUCACAGAUAGAAGAUUAUCUGCCAAGUCCAGGCAUUUUUAUGGUGUAGAUUGAAAUAAUAGUACACUUCUGAAUUUUUAUAUAAAAUGUGGUUGGAAGGUGUACUAAUAUAUAAUUUAUCUUAAUUUUUCUAACUUUGUAUGGAUAAUCUUUCUAUUCAUAUCACAUAAAGAAAUGCGUUGAA